AUGAACGAGAAGGACUUACACGUUGGCUAUGAGCAGGCCAGUGACGUGGAGCUCAAACCGGCCGAACGCUCCUACAGCAUUACGAAGACGUUUAAGGAAGGCUCCCUUGACAGCGAGGACGAUUUCACUUCCGGAAAACACUGUCACUCGGGACCAAACGAUGAAGGGAUAGACAAGGUUGCAAGACGAAAACUCAUUAUUGCCAGCGCGCUAUGUCUCGUGUUCAUGAUCGGAGAAGCUACUGGUAUCAGGCCGGCAACACGAAUGAUGAGCUUCGGCUGGUACCGGGCAGAAGUUGUCGGGGCUCUGGUGUCGGUGCUGAUGAUUUGGCUCGUGACCGGCGUCCUCGUCUACCUUGCCAUCAUGCGGGUGAUCCACGAGGAUUACGAGAUCGACGGGAUGGUCAUGCUUGUCACCUCUGCGAUCGGCGUCGCCGUGAAUUUAAUAAUGGCUGCAACCCUGCACCAACACGGACACGACCACGGAGGCGGCAGCGGCCACAGUCACAAGGUCCAUGGACACAGUCAUGGCUUCUUCUCCAAACUUAAAAAGAAGGUCUCCAGCGUGAAGCUCUCGCAAUCCGAGGGCGACAAGCUCUCCAACGAAGCUAUCUGCCAGGGUGGGGAGUUCCAGCAAGGUUUGCAGAAACCCUACAUGUCCGACGCUGUCCACUCGCACAGUCACGGGGACGAUCAACACAAGGAGGUUGUGUCGGUGAAACAGGAGAAGGAGAACAUCAACGUCCGCGCCGCCUUCAUCCACGUAAUCGGCGACCUUCUCCAGAGCCUGGGAGUUAUGGUCGCUGCCUUUGUUAUCUACUUCCGGCCGGAAUACAAAAUAGCCGAUCCGAUCUGCACGUUCAUCUUCUCAGUUUUGGUCCUGCUUACAACCGUGAAUAUCCUCAAGGACGCCAUGAACAUUCUGAUGGAGGGUGUGCCGAAGGGUUUGAAUUUUGCCGAGGUGCGUUCGGCACUGCACGAGAUUCCAGGCAUUGUGGAGGUGCAUAACCUACGGAUGUGGAGCCUCACAAUGAACAAAACAGCCGUCUCCGUGCAUCUCGCUACAGGUGAAUCCAUCUUUACUGUUCUGUCAACUGUAAACAUACUCAUAAUCUACCUCACAGUCUCCAACUUAUUAAACUACUUUAAUUGUGCUCUGGACCUGUGUUUAGGCAAAUUGAGGUCAUGGGCCUCUGAUGUUAUGCGAGCCAAGAGCGGCGGAGUGCCGGGAAAGGCACUGACCUACGCGACAGCAGCCAAGUGCGCGCGUCUACGCAGACGACUUUCACGCCUCUUUCAUCUGGCGCGCGCCUCACACGCCUUCACCCAGCGUCUCAACGCCCUCCAACACCCUGAACUGGCCCGUCUCCAGCAAGACUUGAUGCGCAUCAGGCUGCAACUAACUGUUCGACUGAAGCAAACCCGUCAGGAGGAGAGUGACGAUGAUACUGGUCACCUCAGUCAAAAUCUUCUUCAGUACUUGCAGCCACCCUUUCACCAGUUGCGUUCUCCUACGAAUACCGCUCACUUUCUUGUUUUAGCAUCUCAUUUUUCAAGCAGAUUCGAGUACUUGGGUCAACCAGUAGCUUCGGGCCUUACACAUGAAAAAAUCAGCAGCCGCCUUGAAAGCCUUACGCAAAAUAUGUCAGACCUGAUUGUCGUUCUAUCAAACGAAACUACUGGUAAGUUUUUUUCUGAGCUUCUGCUUCCAUUCCUCGUGAAUUCCCUGACUCCGACACUUGUUCAACGUUCCUUGAACAGCUUCUGCAACUUCUAUUCCACGUCAGUUGCUGUGGACGUGGGUUCCGCCAAAGAAGCCGCAUCGCUUGCCCAGCUCUCGCGUACCGAUGAGGAGCUAGACGAUACUUCACAGUCUGACACAGAAUGCAUGAUGGAUGCAUUUGACGUAUUCGACUCCUUCAUCGACCAGAAUCCGUCGCCACCGCGACCAUUUGAACUGAGCGGAACAUCCUCCGCAUCCUCAUCUCCUCCUCCUUCUCCUCCUCCUUCUUCCCCAUCUUCGAUCGAUGGGAAACGUGAAGAAAGUGACGCGCCGAUGGAGGAGUCUGUAGCCGGUGUUGUUAAGGUUGAUUCUGGGAACAACGGCGUUGUAGAUGAGACUGGCGCUGAGACCGAUGAACCGCCAAAUCCCGACUCCCAUCCACCUGUUUUCUCGAUUACUGCCGAAACUUUUCAUUCCACACCGGCUAAAGCGCCUUCCGUCGGAACGGCUGAACCGAUCGACGAGGCUGCUGAGGUUUCGGCAGUUGGAGAAGAAGAAGAAGAAGAUGGUGAAGAAGAGGAAGAAGAAGAAGAAGAAGAACACGAGGAGGGUGAGAUUGUCGACGACGAAAACAUGCACCACGAUGUUGAAUCGAUGGAAGAAGACGAAGUCGUGGGCGACAUCGACCAGACGGAGCAGGCCAUCAUGCGCGAGUGGGCCCCCGAGACGAGGAACAAGUUGCGACCCAAGGUGCCCUACACCACAGCUGUUCAAAAGGCACUGGAUGACGCGACAAAGUCCUGCCAACGUGAACUCUCCACGAUGGUGGCUCUCGGCGUCUCCAGCCACCCCUCCAAGUCCCGUCCGACCGAAGCCCACUCGGCCUACCUGUCCCCCUCCGUGGAUCGCGACAUCAGGGGCACCGUUGCCCUCGUCCAGCCGCGUAAAAACUACCCGCCUCUGCCGCCCAGCUAUGGCCGGGCAGAGAUGUUGCGAAUUCGUGAAAAGAUCCAGGCUUCGUUGCUGCGCCAGAAGCAAAGCAAGCAGGCCUAUAGGGUUGCAUUGGACGUAACUGAGAUUGAGGCGAAAAAACGCCGAAUGCAGGAGCUAUUGGAAAAAGCUGCUGCCUUCACGGCCUUAAAAGAAACAGGAGGUGAAACUUCAGUUGCUCUAUCAAGCCCAACCAAUCAGCAGACGGCGCCUCUUUCUGCUACAGACCACCGUCACCGUCGUACUGAAAAAGAGGAGGACGAAGAACUCCUUAGUGAAACGAAGCGAGGCAGUAAUGCCACGAUUACGCGCUUCGAUGUGACUCCUUGGUACGUGAAGGGCGGUGAAAUGCGGGACUACCAAAUCCGUGGUCUGAAUUGGCUGAUCGGACUCGGCCUGAGUAACACUAAUGGCAUCCUGGCAGACGAAAUGGGUUUGGGCAAGACACUGCAGACUAUUUCUCUUUUGGGCUACGUAAAACACUACAGAGGGAAAUCAGGGCCCUUCCUGGUCAUUGUGCCAAAAUCAACUCUUUCAAAUUGGAUGAACGAGGUCCGCAAGUGGGUUCCUUCCUUGCACCCUGUUUGCUUGAUUGGCAAUGCUGAUGACAGGGCACGUGUCAUCCGUGAGGAGAUUCUCCCCGGCAAUUGGGAUGUCUUGAUCACCAGUUAUGAGAUGUGCAUCAAGGAAAAAGCCCUUUUGAGGAGAUAUAACUUUGUUUAUCUAAUUAUUGAUGAAGCACAUCGCAUAAAGAACGAAAAGUCAAAACUAUCAGAGGUUGUUCGAAUGUUCAAUUCGCAAAAUCGGUUGUUGAUUACCGGUACCCCUCUUCAAAACAAUCUCCAUGAGCUGUGGGCACUGCUAAAUUUCUUGAUGCCCCAGAUGUUCGCCUCAUCGGAUACUUUUGAUGAACUGUUUAACUCGCAAUCUCUUCAAGAAGAAUCUUUGGUUACCCGGUUGCAUUCCAUUCUUCGUCCUUUUCUUCUCCGUCGUGUGAAAGCUGAUGUUGAGAAGCGACUCCCUCCUAAAAAGGAGAUCAAGAUUUAUAUUGGUCUGAGCAAAAUGCAGAGGGAGUUGUAUACCAAGAUCCUAAUGAAAGAUCUUGACCUUGUGAAUUCGACUGGUCAGAAGGCCGACAAAGUGCGGCUGCUGAACGUCCUCAUGCAACUCCGGAAGUGCUGUAACCAUCCUUACCUCUUUGACGGUGUUGAACCGGGUCCGCCGUACACCACAGAUCAACACCUGGUCGAUAAUUGUGGGAAAAUGGUUUUAUUGGACAAGUUGCUCAAGAAGCUGCGUGAACAGGGGUCUCGAGUUCUUAUCUUCAGUCAGAUGACCAGAACCCUCGACAUACUCGAGGACUACUGUAUGUGGCGGGGACACGAGUAUUUCAGACUAGAUGGUCAAACCGCGCAUGAUGAUCGACAGGUUUCCAUCGACGAGUUCAACCGUCCUGGUUCAAGCAAGUUCAUUUUCAUGCUUUCAACUCGCGCCGGUGGUUUGGGCAUCAACUUGGCCACCGCAGACGUCGUUGUCCUCUACGACUCUGACUGGAAUCCCCAGGUGGACUUGCAGGCCAUGGACCGGGCGCACCGCAUCGGCCAGACGAAGACAGUCCGUGUUUUCCGUCUCAUCACGGAGAACACCGUGGAAGAGCGGAUUGUUAUGCGCGCUGACAUGAAACUCUACCUGGACAACCUCGUCAUCCAGCAAGGUCGUCUUGUGGAUCAGAAGUCGAAUCAACUUCAGAAAACCGAGGUCCUCGAUAUGAUCAAAUUCGGCGCCAAUUACAUAUUUCGUAGCAAGGAGAGUGCUAUCAAGGAUGAGGAUAUUGACGAAAUCCUCGCUCGUGGCGAACAGAAGACGAGUGAAUUAAACGAGAAGUACGCCAAGAUGGGCGAGUCGAAUCUGCGGCUUCUGCGUUUCGACACCGAGGAGGAGACGCCCGAUUCAGUGUACAUUUUCGACGGUGAAGACUACCGGACGAAACAGCAGAACUCCGGCGCCCUCGCAGGUUGGAUCGAGCCGCCGAAGCGCGAACGCAAAGCCAACUACGCCGUGGACGCGUACUUCCGCGAAGCCCUCCGUGUCUCCGAGCCUAAAGCCCCCAAAGCGCCGAGGCCCCCCAAGCAGCCAAACAUUCAAGACUUCCAGUUCUUCCCGCCGCGUCUAUUCGAACUCCUGGACAAGGAGAUUUACGCCUUCCGAAAGAGCAUCGGAUAUAAGGUCCCGCGAAAUCCCGACGCAGGUCCUGACGGUGAACGCGAGCGCCAAGAGGAACAGGCAAAAAUCAACGACGCUACCCCCCUUGACGACGCCGAAUUGGCGGAAAAAGAGGAACUCUUAACUCAAGGCUUCACGAACUGGUCGAAGCGUGACUUCCAGCAGUUCAUUAAGGCGAAUGAAAAGCAUGGUCGCGACGACUUGGAGUCCAUUUCCCUCGACGUGGAGGGCAAGACCCCAGACGAGGUGAAGCGCUAUGCCCGUGUGUUCUGGGCGCGAUGCAGCGAACUGCAGGACGUGGACAAGCACAUGGCCCAGGUUGGUACAUGCAAUAUUGCCAUUCCCGACGGCCCGUUAGGGCAUUUUUGUUGUUGUUUUCUGACCCCUGCCUACUCCGUUAAUCCCAAGAUCGAGCGAGGCGAGGCUAAGAUCCAGCGUCGCGCGGCAGUGAAGCGGGCUCUGGACAUCAAGAUGGCGCGUUAUCGCGCGCCGUUCCACCAAUUACGCAUUCAAUACGGCGCCAAUAAGGGCAAGAAUUAUACUGAAGAGGAGGAUCGUUUUCUCAUUUGUAUGCUGCACAAGUUGGGAUUCGAUCGCGACAACGUGUACGACGAUCUCCGACUUGCUAUUCGUCUGGCGCCCCAGUUUCGCUUUGAUUGGUUCAUUCGGUCUCGAACUGCUAUGGAAUUGCAACGGAGGUGCAGUACACUAAUCACCCUGAUUGAACGUGAGGUGGUGGACAUGGAGGACAAGAGCAAGCAACGCGGUCCGACAUCUGGAACCGCCACAGCUGGUGCUGUGGGCGGGCCUGGGGGUGCGCUGGCGUCCUCCGGCGUUGGUCAGAAGCGCAAGUCCUCGUCCGCCAUCACCUCAGUUCCGGUUGAGAGCAAAAAAGUCAAGGCCUAA